CUCAGUUCGUUGUGAAGUGAACCCAGUACCGUACAUAUUUGAAGUUUACAACAUGUGCAAAGAUGUCGAAGUAAGCAUUGGGGACGAACAGAAGAAGGUUGUUGAGAAACUAAUGAAAAAAUCCCAAUCAAAGAAUACAAAACAAUCAAUGAAACCUAGUAGAGACAUGAUGUGGCAAGAUCAGGAUGACGCUAUAGAUGCAACAGAACAAAAAAAUCGAGAAAAGAUAUCACGGAUCAUGGCGACAAUUACUCUAUUAUUAGCUGAUGGUGCGGACCCUCGUCUCAUUCGGUGUCCUCAACCGCCACUCUUUAUGGCUGUCGUGGCUGGCUGUCCAGACCUUAUACGAGUUUUAGUGAAAUAUGGUGCUGAUGUUAAUGAAAUUUAUCCACAAGCACAUGAAUAUUCGGCAUUGGACAUAGCAGUGAGCGCACCAGUCAGUAACGAAAAUUUGGGGGUGAUUCGUGCGUUACUGGAGUGUGGAGCCAGUCCAGAUCACCGCCUAAAGAUUCCAGAACCACCACAAUCUCCCAAUGCUACACCGAAAAUAGACGUUGAAGGUCCUACUUUAUUGCACGCAGUACUUUCAAAGAAGAUAGAAAAUGACGAACUUGAAAAUAGGCAUCUGCUUGAAGUACGUGACCAAAUUCUUGGAUUGCUCCUCGAAUAUGGAUGUAAUCCAAUAACCCAAUUCAAUGGCGUCUCGGCUGUGGACCUGGCCAUGAAUAAAUCUCUGGAUCUGUUUGAUAUAUUCGUAAAAAGCCCCCGAACCGACUUAAAUGCUGUCAUCAAUAAUUUAAAUCAGACCAUACUAGUGAAGAUGUUUUAUUUGCCCUUCUGUAAGAAUAUCCCUUUAACGGAACGACUGCAGAUGUUGACAAAUCUUCUGCUGUUUGGUGCAGAUCCGUUACUGAAAUGCCAAAAUGGGAAGGAAGAAUAUGGGAAUCUGUUUGUUUUUGCAAGAAAGAUUAUAAAUGAUAUAGAAGCUACUCGGAAACCGAUUAACCAAUCAGGAGCAAAGAAAUCUAAGAGCGAUGCGAGACCCAAAAAGGACGUUUCUUCAAAACAUGGUUUAACAAAAGCCACUGACGACAAUCAAGGAGAUUAUAAGCAAGCCUUGGAACUGGUGGUAGACUGCGCCAGAUUACUGCACAUCCGAUGGUUGCAAGCCAAGCUCUUGAAGGAGCUAAUUGAUAUUGUUUACGAGUAUCGCCAUCGGUCGUGGAACAUGAUAAUGAAGGAACAUAAAAACAAAAAGUGCACAGGCCUUUGGCUAACUGCUGCCCGCUGUCUUGAAAUUUGGGACGUUCUAAAAACAACAAAGAAAAAAGUAUACAAUGAUAAAAAAAUCCAAAAACAAGUCCUAUGUAUUAUUCAUUUUUAUUAUAAAAAGAUGAGGAAAAUUAUACAAAUUCCUUUGACGUUCCAAGAUAAAGAAAUAAUAGAACGUGAAGUAGCUAGUCUUAUUCAUGAACAUAAAAUGGCUACAAUUUCAACUCCGGACAUGGUUCCAGCCGUACGACCAUAUGUGGCACCAGAACUAACUGUAAAGGGGAUAGAGAAAUUCAACGUUUGCUUCGAAUGUGCGACACCAUUUCAAGAUUCAAAAAUCAACUGCGGAUCGUGUAAUCUGAUUGGUUUCUGUUCUUUGGAUUGCAUUAAACGAAACAUCGAAAGGAUUAAUUGCCAUCCAUGCAGUAGUGUUCUGAAAAAUAAAUUCUUCCCCACUCCAGAAUCCACAAUAACGGAAACUUCCGAAGAACCGAAUAAACAAAACUCAACUAUAAAAAAAUGAUUCAUAUUUAUACAACUGUAAUGAAUAAUUUAGACGCGUAUUUUGGUUAUUGUUUUUUCGGAUUUGAUAACAAUACAAACGUGAACAUUAUUAAAAUAUUACGCGAAACAAAGAGUUGGUAUUUAAUUAAGCUUUAAGAUGACAUGACACAUCAAAGAUGAAACUUCAGUCAAACAAACGUCAGUACUUUUUUUUAUCUGUAAAUUCGUCUCGUAUUGCUUUGUUAUGGCGCGUUUGUCAGUUUAUAAAUUUAUUAUCAAGAGGUAUCUUUGUAAAUCGUUAACUAGUGUGAUUAAAAUGGCAUCUGCUGCAAAAAAACCAAAGCUUUCAACAGCUGCUACAUCACAGAGCAAUGGAAUUCCCACAAAAUCGAACGACAUCGAAGAAUUUAUGAAGAAAUUGCAGGCAAAGCGCGAAGAGACUGCUGCGUCUAUUUUGGAGUAUAAAUUCAAUAAAAAGCGUGUUCGAAUCGUAUCUCAGGAGCAGAUGGUGCCUGAUAACUGUGAAGGGGUGGUGUAUUGGAUGUCCCGAGACAGUCGAGUCCAAGAUAACUGGGCUUUCCUGUUUGCACAAAAACUGGCGCUCAAAAACGAAGUACCGCUACACGUGUGUUUUUGUUUGAUAGCCAAGUACUUAGACGCCUCUGUCAGGCAGUUUGAUUUUCUUAUAAAAGGUUUAGAAAAGGUAGCAGCUGACUGUAAGAAGCUGAACAUAUCAUUUCACUUACUAGAGGGCAGUGGAGAUGAAGUAUUGCCUCAAUGGGUGGUGAAACACAAUAUUGGGGCUGUGGUUUGUGAUUUCAAUCCAUUGCGGGUUCCUUUAGGCUGGCUGGAGGGUGUAAAAAAGAAGCUCAAGAAAGAUGUUCCUCUCAUUCAGGUGGAUGCCCACAACAUAGUUCCCUGCUGGGUAGCAUCAGACAAACAAGAGUACUCAGCAAGAACAAUAAGAAAUAAAAUCAAUUCCAAACUUGGUGAAUACUUAACCGAGUUCCCACCUAUUAUCAAACAUCCAUACACUGCUAAGUUUGAACCAGAGCCCAUAGACUGGGAUGAGGCCAUAGUUUCCAGAGAAGCAGACAAGAAUGUAGGCCCAGUGGACUGGGCCCGGCCAGGGUAUGACAAUGCCCUCAAAAUGUUGAAGAGUUUCCUUGACCAGAGACUCAAAGUAUUUGCAACUAAAAGAAAUGAUCCCACUAAAGAUGCUCUCAGCAAUUUGUCACCAUGGUUUCAUUUUGGUCAAAUAUCAGUACAGAGAGUAGCUCUAUGCGUUCAAGAGCACAAGGGAAAACAUACUGAAUCUGUGAAUGCUUUCCUCGAAGAAGCUAUCGUGCGUCGUGAGUUAGCAGACAACUUCUGUUUCUAUUGUGAACAUUAUGACAGCAUCAAAGGUGCCAGCAACUGGGCGCAGAAGACACUUGAUGAUCAUAGAAAGGAUAAAAGGUCCCACAUCUACACUCUGGAACAAUUAGCCAAGUCAGAGACACAUGAUGACCUGUGGAAUUCAGCCCAGAUUCAACUAGUGAAAGAAGGCAAGAUGCAUGGCUUUCUGCGCAUGUACUGGGCGAAGAAAAUCCUUGAGUGGACACCUACACCUGAAGAUGCUCUGAAGUAUUCCAUAUACUUGAAUGAUCAUUAUAGUAUUGAUGGGCGAGAUCCAAAUGGAUAUGUUGGAUGUAUGUGGUCAGUUUGCGGUAUACACGAUCAGGGGUGGGCAGAGCGAGCGGUGUUUGGCAAAAUACGGUAUAUGAACUACGAUGGAUGUAAACGUAAAUUCGACAUCAAAGCUUUUAUAGCGAGGUAUGGCGGGAAAGUACACAAGUAUGUACCUAAGAAAUGAGCAAUAUUUGAAGAAACUCUAUUACAAAACAGACUGAUGUGGAUCUGUAUAUUCAAAUAGUAAGUUUAAGUAUUUGUGUUAAGUAUUGUAAGUAGUUGUAGUUUUGAAUUUUGUUAUUUACUAUUGAUAGUCUACUGACCGUUUUCCUCAUUACUACCUCGGUUUGUAUAAUCUCAUCAAUGAUCUUAACACACCACAAACCCUUGAUACUUUAUUUUACUUGGGUCAAUUUAUCGGAGCGCCAAGUCCAACUUCAUCGAAGCAUAUAUCCAAUUCUGUGGUGGUGAAGCAUCUUCACAGCAUAGCCACC